AUGCCAUUCCCGGAUAACCAAGGAGCAAUCAUUGCUGACAGUUGUGGGAAUUUGGUGGUUUCUCAUGAUGUUGCCUUACCGGACGUGGAGCCUGAUAUGCUUCUUGUAAAGACAGUAGCUGUGGCCGUCAAUCCCGUGGAUGUUAAGCUCACCGGGACCAUGGCGACGGAAGGUGCCAUAGCUGGCAGUGACUGCUCCGGAGUUGUCGUUGCGGUUGGUUCUGCAGUACCCCCGGGGAAAUUCAAUGUCGGUGACCGGGUUUGCGCCGCCAUCACAUCCAUGAAUCCUGAAACUCCUCGGAUCGGAGCCUUUGCAGAGUAUGUUGGCGCCACUGCCGACUGUACACUGAGACUCCCCGACGGCAUAUCGUUCGAGUCCGGCGCAACCCUCGGCAUCGGUGUUGCGACCAUUGGUUAUGCCCUAUUCCGAUCCUUGAGGGUACCUGGACACCCGGACUCUCCAGCGACGACGCCGCACUAUGUCCUGGUUUGUGGCGGCAGCACUGCGUCAGGGACGCUUGCGAUCCAGUUACUACGCAAGUCCGGUCUAAUACCCAUCACAACAUGCUCGCCAAAGAACUUUGCCUUGGUUGAGAGUCGUGGUGCCGAGAAGGCGUUUGACUACAAUGACCCAAGGAGCGCCACCGACAUCAGGGCGUACACAAAGAAUGCCUUAGAUUACGCUCUAGACUGUCAUUGUGACGCUUCCAGUAUGCAGUAUUGCUACACGGCGAUAGGCCGUGCAGGUGGACGCUACACGACCCUCGAGCCCUAUCCAGAGCAACUACACACUCGGAAGCGCGUCAAACCGGAUUGGAUUCUGGGUCCAGCGCUUCUAGGCAAGCAUAUUGCCUGGAAAGCACCAUACACGAUAAACCCAAGGCCAGAGCUACGUGUCUUUGCUAGGGAGUGGUUCAUGUGUGCGCAACGACUCUUGGACGAUGGGGAACUCCAGCCUCAUCCCGCAAGGGUGGGUGAAAAGGCCGGGUUUGAGGCUAUUUUAGAGGGACUUGAGGUCCUCAAGAAGAAGACGAUUUCGGCAGAAAAGCUCGUUUACCGCAUCAAGGAUACCUUAGCAGUUGGAUGA